CGUCCUAACGGCGAUUCUGGCAUUACGUUUUACCUUCCACUUCACUUACCUUGCUUAAGGGAUAACUUCCCUUACUUCAAAUGAAAACACAAUUUAUUUUUGUUUGGACGUUUCAAUCUGCACUCCUCUGAUUACAUAUUGUUUAUCUAGGCAGAUGAUAGUACACGGUCAUGUUUUCGUUUCUGUUCGGCAAAGUUCCUCAAAGAAAAAUGAUAUUUCGCUAUCGAUUCCCUCAGCUUGCACAGAUCAUAUUGGAAACCACUCGUUACUAUUCCAGUGCUCACCGAAAAUUGCAAAUGGUAAGACAACCAUACGACCAGCUUAAGGACCUGAAGGAAAAGCUUUCAAAAAAUUCGACUCCGUCGUCUGUUGAAUGGAAUGAGAUUCGAAAAAGCCUGAUAGACGAACGACGAUUCACGUCGUCAAACAUCGAUAGUACAAUUCUUGGGCUCUGCGAGACACUGGAGAGUGGAAAAUCGUAUCUAAACUUCCUACGUUCCAAAGAGGUACGUCUCAAUCUUGCGGUUAUUGGCAGAUUGCUUAGGCUGUACCGUUGCAAGAGUAAUUUGAGUGAGCAGGAGCAGCAAGAAAUUUUGGAUAUCUAUACAGAAAUGAGGGAGAAUCAUUCUGUUCUAGACGCCAACACAUGUGAGCAUUUAGUGGUAGCUCUGACACUGACCAACCGUUGGCGUUUGUCAUUUGAACUACUGGAUAUGAUUAAAUUAACUGGAAUACCCAACAGUGUGGCGUAUAGUUGCAUAAUUGCAAAGUGCUUCAACGAUGGAGAGCCGGAGACAGGUUGGAAAAUGUUAGAGGAACUAGCAACAAAUAAGAGAUAUCCUAGUGACGAUGUGUUCAUGGCUUGGAUCGAUUACAGCAUGAAGGAUGGAAAAACGUUUCAAUCCAAUCUCCUGAAAAUGCUAGCGUUCACUAAUGACAAGGGAUUAUUUGUAUCGAAACAAGUUGGGAAUGCAUUGCUGCAACUUCCUGUCACCGUGGGCAUUCACGGGAUGGAAUGUCGCAUUACUGAUAAAGGAAAGUGUUCCCAUUGUAAGUCUUCGUUAGCAAGUAUAGCUGUCCCAGAAGAAUCCUUCCGAGCGCUCAAAGAUGCUUUCCUACAAUCAGUGAUAGUGAAAAAGGAGAUCUUCAACAAAACUACACCCGAAGAGCUGAAACGUUUUCAACAUUUCGUUAAGCAAACGAAACCGUACGAUGUGGUCAUCGAUGGUUUAAAUGUGGCAUUUUCCACUGGAAACCAGAAAUCUCCAGCCACUUACGCGAUGCAGCUUGCAUCCGUUGUGCGUCACUAUGUGCAACGCAACAAACGUGUGAUGGUUAUUGGCCGGCAGCACAUGAAUCGAUGGAAAUCCAAGGACAUGAAAUACAUCAGAGAGAAGAGCUAUCUGUUUCUGACCGAGGACCUAUCUCAGGACGAUCCGUUUCUAUUGUAUGCUGCGCUGGAAAGUGGACCCGAUACAGAUUUUUUCUCACGCGAUCUGAUGCGGAAGCAUUCGUUUCUGCUGGGAGAGGAGCUGAGUACGGUAUUCAAACGGUGGCAGCAGCAGCAUCAGUACUCGUUACUCUCGGUUACUCCCGAGGGAAGGGUUCUCGUGAAGGCGCCGUUCCAGUUCGAGUUGUUUGCUCACAGCGUGCCGGAUGAUCCAAAGCGGUGGCACGUUCCUCUGGUGGACGAUAGCUUUAGGGUUCCCAAGAUGGAGAAGCAAGCGAAAUGGGUUUGUUUGAAGUUUGAUUGAAAAUUAGACAAAUAUGAUACUUUACAGAAAUACACCCUUAUUCUUGUUAA